GUAUCGGAAAAUCAAAGCGAUUUGCUGCCCGCGCUGAGCUCUACUUUGAUUGCGGUCACGAGCAACUAGGACCGCAGUAUCUCGUCUCUUAGUCAACCAGGUGUAUAAACGGUAUUUAAGCUUAUCGUCUGCACGUUAUCCAUUUCUUCCACCUUCUCUCGCUUUUCUUUAUAUCCGACUCAAAAUGACUGUCCCAACUCUUGCCUUGAACGAUGGCAAUGCAGUCCCUUGGAUAGGAUUCGGCACCGGCACGGCCCUCUUCUAUAAGGACGCUAGAGAAGCCGUACAUGUCGCCAUUCAGAACGGCUUCACGCAUAUCGACGGCGCACAAGUGUACACCAACGAGGAGACUUUGGGAACUGGAGUGAUUCAGUCCGGCAAACCACGUUCAGAAUUGUUCAUAACGACCAAAUUGUACAAGUUACAACCUGGUGCAACACCGAAAAGCGCUUUGCAGGAGUCUUUGAAGAGACUGAAGUUGGAUCAAGUGGACCUGUACUUGGUUCACAAUCCGAAUAAUCAUGUGGGGCAGUUGAAAGAAGUAUGGAAAGGCAUGGAAGAGUGCAAGAAGGACGGUUUGACAAAGUCUAUCGGUGUUUCCAAUUUCGCUGUUGAACACUUCAAAGAAAUUUUUGAGGUUGCAUCGAUUCCUCCUUCUGUCAACCAGCUCGAGCUGCACCCAUAUGUAUGGAAAGCCCUCCAACCAGUCCUUGAAAUUCACAAAGAACACGGCAUUGUCACCUCGUCAUAUGGCGGUUUAUCACCCCUUUUCCGUGGUGAAAGUGGUCCAUUAAAUGAAGUCGUGGAAAGCAUCAGGGAGCGGCUGCAAGCCACUCGAGGACAACCGGUAUCUGAUAGUCAGGUCCUAAGUAAAUGGUUGCAGCAGAAAGGCGUGCUUGUUAUUACAACUUCUUCCAAAGCUGAGCGGGUCAGGGAAUACAUCGAUACUACCAACGUUCCCGAUUUGACUGCUGAAGAGCUUGCUUUAGUCGAGCGCGCAGGAUCUUUACUCCAUCAGAGGUUCUUUCAAGGAAAUUGGCUUUCUGAGUAGAUUGAAUGUCACUUACGACCGAGUUGCAGAAGGUAUAUCUACAAGGGACUCCUGUAGACUUCAUCAGAUGUGGAUUGCUGAUUGCUUGCAGAAGUAAUGGAUGAAAAACAUAAUUACUAGACUGGUAGCGUAGUAUCCCACUUGACAUCGCUUUCUUGAAUGUUUUUUUUGUCAAUGAUAAACACUAGAGUUCCGAUUUGACAAU